AAGCUCUCCGUAGAGUCACAUGCCUCACUGCGCGCACAGACACAACCCUAGCUAGCUCCCCACUUGCACUGUAUACUGUAUAGGCUAACUAUAGCUGGAUCAUUUUGCAAGCAAGUAGACUGACCACACAUCUCCUUUGAAAAUGGCAGAAAAUGCAAAGUUUGGACUUGCUGGUGGUGAGGUUGAGAGCGAUCCACUUGUGGCUACCAGGCAAUCACAAUCCUUUUCCUAUGACUAUAAGUCUGGCUCCAAGAAUCGGACCUUGUGGAUUGUGGCUGUGGUUGUCCUCGUUGCAGUGGCACUGGUGGUAGUGAUUGGAGUGGCAGCAGGAGUAACUGUUGCUGCUAACAGUCAAGCGCAGCUUGAAAACUCCAUCAAGAUUGAAAACCUAAUGGCUCACUUGAAGGAUCUGGAAGACAUUGCAGUAGCCAAUAGCAACAGUCGAGCAGUGAUGUACGGAUACAACGAAUCUGCUGAGCAAGUCUUUGAAAAACUACAAAAUGCCGGCUACACAAAUCUCACCAGGCAAUAUUUUAAGAUGGCUACCUAUGAAAACCAUGGUGACCACACCCUCUCGGCAGAAAUACUGAACUACACCUUCAACUUUGAACUGGGGACACAGUUCAAUGUGAUGAGGUACUCUGGAGCCACUGGCGGUGUAAUCAGUGGAACACUUAACAUAGUUACCGGUUGCAAUGAGAGUGAUUUCACAGAUAACACAGUAGCACUCAUUGACUACAGCAAGUGCCCUUCCCUGUUUGACGUGGCCAGUGCCGCUAAGAGUGCUGGAGUGAUUGCUCUAUUAAUGACAAGGACAGAUGAUGAGACAUAUAGAAGCUCACCACCCACAGCGAGAGUCUACGAGCAAACUGCUGAUGACUUUAAAGUUGUCGAUCUUCCCUUACUUGGAACUAACUAUAAUGUGGGAGAUCUUCUCAAGGAUUUUAACCCACAAGGAGAUAUUACAGUUAGUCUCUCUGUCAAUAUGAUGGUUGAUUUCUAUAUGACGUACAACAUUCUAGCGUACACUGACGGAGGGAGUGAAGACUCUAUCAUUGUAGUGGGCUCUCAUCUUGACUCUGUACCUGCUGGGCCUGGCAUUAAUGAUAAUGGGAGUGGCUCCAUGGCUAAUCUAGAGAUUGCCCUCCAGCUGAUUAGACGUGGCACUAACCCAGAGAACAAGGUAUUGUUUGCCUUCUGGGCGGCUGAAGAAUGGGGCCUCAUGGGAUCCUACCACUACGUGAAGAGCCUCCCUGAGUCAGCUUAUGGAGAAAUCGCUCUCAACCUCAACUUUGAUAUGAUUGGGUCGCCAAAUUACAUCCGGCAAAUCUAUAACGGAUCUGACGCUGAGAAUCCUCUCGUGCGUGAAGCAAGUAUAACCAUUCAAGAACUCUUUGUGGAAAGAUUCAAGUCUCUGGAGCUGCCGUACAAACUCACCCCAUUCACUGGACGUUCCGACUAUGGACCCUUCAUUGAGAGUGGCGUUGACAUUCCAGCUGGUGGUCUGGCUACUGGUGCUGAUGAAACAAAGACUCGUGAGGACCAGCUCAUGUUCGGUGGACUGGCUGGUGCGAUCCUUGACCCCUGCUAUCACCAGUAUUGUGACACAACUGAUAACAUCAAUCAAGAGGUGUACGAACAAAUGGCACAAGCAGCUGCUUCCGUUUUGAAUACUCUCAUGAUGAAAGACAAUUUGAAAGGUUUUUUGAAUCCCAGUGAGUACAUGUAUGACUAUGUCCUUGAAGACGUCGACGGUGAUAUCUAAACUUUUUAAAACAAUUUUUUUGCACAAUAGUUUAACCAGUUUGUCUUGUGUAACGGAAGUGUGUCCCUGAAAUUUUUUUGACAUUUUUAUAAUUACGUAGUUCUUUUUUUGCUGUCAGUUUAUUGAGUGUGUUCGUAUUCAUUACCUUGUUCAGUGAACUCCC